CGAGGCGCGUCCUUCCCCCACUCUCUUUCGAGCUGUCUCCCACUGCGCAGACGCACAAGGUGCAUCAAGAUGGCGGCCCCCGUGGAUUUGGAGUUGAAAAAGGCCUUCACAGAGCUUCAAGCUAAGGUUAUUGACACUCAACAGAAGGUGAAGCUUGCAGACAUACAGAUUGAACAGCUGAACAGAACAAAAAAGCAUGCACAUCUUACAGAUACAGAGAUUAUGACUUUGGUAGAUGAAACUAACAUGUAUGAAGGUGUAGGAAGAAUGUUUAUUCUUCAAUCCAAGGAGGUAAUUCACAAUCAGCUGUUAGAGAAACAGAGAAUAGCAGAAGAAAAAAUUAAAGAACUAGAGCAGAAAAAAUCCUACCUGGAGCGAAGCGUUAAGGAAGCUGAGGACAACAUCCGAGAGAUGCUGAUGGCACGAAGGGCCCAGUAGGGAGCCUCCAGGGGAAGCUCUUCCUCCUGACCCCUGCUCUGAUGGACAUUUUAUCUGGAUGGCCUAGCAACCUCACAUUUUCUACAUCAUCCUGAGCCCCUUUCAGAUCCUAAUGCUGUAAUUUUCGCCCUGGCUCUGCCUGCCACCCUGCCUAGGCACUCUUCUCUUCUAGGAUGAGUCACAAACUCUUAGGAGAGGGAAGGGGGGGAGCCAGGACAGAGAGGGAAGCUCUCCCUGAACUUACCACCAUGCACACUGAUCAGACCAAUAAAAGGCCUCUGUCCCAUUCUGCUAA